GCACAUUAAAAUGGCCACGUUCUCCACCACAGAGAAAAUAGAAAAGAAAAGGAAGUUGAAUGCGAAUCCCUCCAUCGCAUCGCAUUUGCAUUUCAAUUCUCUUUCCUUUUCUGCUUCGAUCUCUCCGUCGUCACACCCAACCAGAUCGAAUCCGAGAUGAGCACCGGUGACCUUCUCAGCAUCGAACCUCUCGAGCUCAAGUUCUUCUUUGAGCUCAAGAAGCAGAUCUCAUGUUCUCUUCAAUUGUCAAACAAGACCGAUAGCUAUGUAGCCUUCAAGGUGAAAACAACGAAUCCCAAAAAGUAUUGUGUUCGUCCCAACACCGGAGUUGUGUUGCCACGAUCUACAUGCGAUGUUAUUGUUACCAUGCAAGCGCAGAAGGAAGCUCCGGCUGAUAUGCAAUGCAAGGAUAAGUUUCUUCUUCAAAGCGUAAAAGUAGAAGAUGGAAUCACCGCAAAGGAUAUCACUGCAGAAAUGUUCAACAAGGAAGCGGGGCACGUGGUUGAGGAGUGCAAAUUGAGAGUGCUGUAUGUCUCUCCGCCUCAACCUCCGUCUCCAGUCCCAGAAGGUUCUGAGGAAGGGUCAUCCCCUAGAGGUUCUGUUUCCGACAAUGGAAAUGUCAAUGGUGCUGAUUCCGCGGCGGUAACAAGAGCAUUUGAGGGUCCAGAAAAAUCUGCAGAGGCAAAAGCUCUUAUCUCAAGGCUGACUGAAGAAAAGAAUAAUGCAAUUCAACAAAACAACAAGCUUCGUCAGGAACUGGACCUGCUGAGACGGGAAAGCAGCAAAAGUCGUGGGGGUGUCUCGAUGGUCUUUGUCAUAUUAAUUGGUUUACUCGGCAUAAUUAUGGGGUAUCUCAUGAAGAAGACCUAAGUAUUUCCGAGAUGCGAUCCUUCACCAUACGUUUGAUCUUAGUUUUCCUGUUGUUCCUGACUAUUCAAGAAAUGAAGAAAGGCAAAAUAGAUUAAUUCAGCAGGUGUUGGUGUUUUUUUGGGGGUCGAUAACAAUAUGGACGUAGAAACAUUAGUUGAAAGCGUGGGUCAAUGUUUUCUUGAAGAACAGAUUACUGUGAACUGACUCAUGCUUAUGGGUAACAUGCAUUCUUUUUUUGUAACUCGAGGAAAAUUUGUUGUUUUAUAUGGUUUAGCCAGUGACUGUCUGGAAACGUCAGCAAUGACCACUAGUAGCAUGCAUAUUAAGAAUAUCGGAUAUUUUGUUUAUUUUCAUGAGAAUAAUAUUACUUUGUAGUUGUUAGAUUUCCAAAAGGCGGAUAAAAGCCCAUUAUUUGGCCUGGUCA